AUGGACUAUCAAUCCAGGAUGCUGCAGACUCUGGCCGGGGUGAACCUGGCCGGCCACUGGGUGCAGUGGGGCAUAGCCCUGCCGCCUCCCCUGCACGUCCACGAAGGGGCAGACGGCGACGGCAGGAAGCAGGACAUCGGCGACACCCUCCACCAGAUCAUGACCAUCAGUGACCAGAGCUUGGACAAGGAGCAAGCAAAGAAACAUGCCCUGAACUGUCACCGAAUGAAAUCCGCGCUCUUCAGCGUCCUGUGCGAGAUCAAAGAGAAAACAGGUCUCAGCAUCAGAGGAGCCCAGGAGGAGGACCCUCCCGAUCCCCAGCUAAUGAGACUGGACAAUAUGCUUUUGGCAGAAGGGGUUUCAGGUCUUGAGAAAGGUGGGGGAUCGGCGGCAGCAGCCGCAGCAGCCUCUGGAGGCUCUUCAGAUAAUUCUGUUGAACACUCAGAUUACAGAGCCAAGUUGACCCAGAUCAGACAAAUCUAUCACACAGAACUGGAGAAAUAUGAACAGGCAUGUAAUGCAUUCACUACACAUGUGAUGAACCUUCUUGGAGAGCAGAGUAGAACACGUCCCAUUUCCCCAAAAGAGAUUGAGAGAAUGGUGGGCAUCAUCCAUCGAAAAUUUAGUUCCAUUCAAAUGCAGCUCAAACAAAACACUUGUAAAGCAGUUAUGAUUUUAAGAUCAAGGUUCCUUGAUGCCAGACGAAAAAGGCGUAACUUCAGUAAACAAGCCACAGAAAUCUUGAAUGAAUAUUUUUACUCACACCUCAGCAACCCCUACCCCAGUGAAGAAGCCAAAGAGGAGCUGGCUAAGAAAUGCAGCAUCACGGUGUCCCAGGUAUCCAACUGGUUUGGCAACAAACGAAUCAGGUACAAGAAGAAUAUUGGCAAGUAGGAAGAAGCCAACCUCUACGCUGCAAAGACAGCCGUGACAGCCGCACACGCAGUGGCCACAGCUGUGCAGCACAACCAGACCAACUCGCCCACCACGCCAAAUUCCAGUUCUUCUGGUUCUUUUAACCUCCCAAAUUCUGCGGACAUGUUCAUCAACAUGCAGAGUCUGAAUGGGGAUUCUUACCAAGGGUCCCAGGUCGGAGCCAAUGUGCAGUCAGAGGUGGAUACCCUCAAUCGUGUUAUCAAUCAGACGGGAGGCUACAGUGAUGGCAUGGGAGGAAAUUCGCUGUACAGUCCACAUAAUUUAAAUGCUAAUGGAGGCUGGCAGGAUUCAACAACUCAAUCUUCUGUGACUUCUCCUACAAAAGGCCCAGGAAGUGUGUACUCUGAUACCUCUAACUAAUCCUGGCAACACUUGCCCCUGAGCUGACACGCCUCGCUAGUGCAUUCAGAGCAAUAGGAGGAGAAGGAACACGGUUCUGUGGCCCACCAUCUACAGCAUUACUGUAAAACCUUGUCUUCUUAGAGAACUUGGUCAUCUGUUUUUUAAAGAAUCAUAGUUAUUUGUAUUUAUACUUAAAAACACACACAAUGUGUU